UCCAGGCUACAAAACUCAAAAUAAGGAAACGUCAGGUACUUUAUUAUUUUAUUCAAUUGUUGUCAUAUUGCUUGAUCAAAGAAUGACUGUAGAAUUUAUAUCUAUCAUAACAAAAACAGUAGAAGAUUUUUUUUAAUUCAUUUAAAUAACUUAAAUUUUGUCGGUUGUUUCCUAAAAUAUAGUAGAAUAUUUAUUUUAAUUAUAAAAUAAUAAUAAAAAAAAUGAUGUCCAAUCUUAAUGACAAUCAUUUCAACAUGAUAUUUGUGGAAAUUUUAACCCCCUUAUAUUUUUCUUUAUAUUUCAGCUUAUUCACAUUGUGAAAGAAAUGGACAGGCAGCCCAGCUUAGGAGGAACUGAGUUACUGAAACAAAUCAGUAUCCUAGAUGCAAUCUACUGGCUUUCAAAUGCUUGGGAUGAAGUGACAGAAUUAACAAUUCAAAAGUGCUUUAAAAAAUCAGGGUUUGCAGUUGAUUUUAGUAAAAUAGAUCAAAAUGAAUCAGUAUGUGCAAGUGAUGAAAUUGAAAUUGGUAGUAACACACUAGGUAUUGAGCAACAACAUCAAGAUGUUAUGGAUGAUGAUGAUGUUCCACUGUCAGCCCUAAAAAUGUCAUAUGAAAUUUUUGGGUGCUCGUUCAAUGAUUUGCUACAAAUUGAUAAUCAGCUUCACACUUGUGAUACAGAAAUUAUUAAUUGGGACAAACCUGUAUGUGACAUAUUGACUCAAAUAAAUGAGGAAAAUUCUGAUGACAGUGAAGAUGAAAUUGAAGAGAUGGAUGACGCUCAAGGAUCUGUCAUGCAAAAUGCUCCAUCACUGACCCAAGCAAAUGAAAUGGUGUUUCAACUGAAAUCUUAUGCAUUGCAACAUGGACAUGCCAGUAUAAUGUACCAUUUGUCAAAACUAGAGGAUGAAUUUUCAAGUCUAGUUGCAAGCAAAAGUAAACAGUCAAAAAUAAGUGAUUUUUUCAAUAGGACAACUUAAAUGAAAGACAGACUGUGAUUCUGACAUUAUUUUAUUAGUUUCAUAAUCAUGAAUUUUAAAUAUCAAUAACAUUGUAAAUGUAUAAAUUUUUAACAUGGUAAAGAAACAAUAUAAUUCUGACAUUUUAAUAAUUUUAUUAAAUAUAUAAACAUUAAUUUUUAAUAAUCAAUUUUACAAUCAAAUAUUCAAUAGCAUUUUACAUGUAUACAAAUUUAACUGUACACACUUUUACUGCUCUUAUCAUAAAUAAAUGU